GCACGCACGCACGCAGCGUCAAAUCGUUGCCGACCAUGGCGGAAUUUGUUCGAGUUGACAGCAGCACAAGUGGUCAUACCAUGGAUAAAAGCAUUACUCUUCCGCCAGAUGAAAUAUUCCGCAAUUUGGAAAACGCAAAGCGAUUCGCAAUAGACAUAGGUGGAUCUCUCACAAAGCUUGCCUACUACUCAACUGUACAACACAAGGUGGCCAAAGUACGAUCCUUCGACCACACUACAAAGGAGGCUACCGGUGACAACCUCUAUGAAAUAUCCGUGCAGGAAGAGGUCACUGCACGCCUGCACUUUAUCAAGUUUGAAAAUGCUUACAUUGAAACAUGCUUGGACUUCGUCAAAGACCACCUGGUCAACACGGAAACCAAAGUUAUCAAAGCCACAGGUGGAGGGGCGCACAAGUUCAAAGAACUCAUUGAGAGGAAACUCGGACUCAAAGUGGACAAAGAGGAUGAGAUGACCUGCCUCAUCAAAGGAUGUAACUUUGUGCUGAGGAAUAUACCCCACGAGGCUUUCGUGUACGCCAAGCAUGCAGACUCAGAGUUCCGCUUCCAGACGACUCAACCAGACAUCUUCCCUUACCUGCUUGUAAACAUCGGCUCUGGGGUGUCCAUAGUCAAGGUGGAAUCCGAGGACAAAUUUGAGCGAAUAGGAGGAAGCUCAAUAGGUGGAGGGACGUUCUGGGGCCUUGGAGCCUUGCUCACCAAAACUAAGAGAUUUGACGAGUUGCUACAGUUGGCCUCAAAGGGGCAGCACACAAGUGUCGAUAUGCUCGUCAAAGAUAUCUACGGAGGAUCUUAUGGGUCUUUAGGCUUGACUGGAGAUCUUAUUGCAAGCAGUUUUGGAAAGUCUGCAACUGCUGACAAAGAGUUCUCUAAAGAAGACAUGGCCAAGAGCUUACUCCAUAUGAUCAGCAACGACAUCGGGCAGCUGGCCUGUCUGUAUGCUAAACUCCACAACCUCUCCCGAGUGUACUUUGGAGGCUUCUUCAUCAGAGGACACCCCGUCACCAUGCACACAAUCACCUACAGCAUCAACUUCUUCACCAAGGGUGAAGUUCAGGCCUUGUUUCUAAGACAUGAAGGCUAUCUCGGAGCCAUUGGAGCAUUUCUUAAAGGAGCAGAGGAGGACAAUCCAAACCAGUACAGUUGGGGUGAGAACUACGCGGGAAGCUCGGGCCUGAUGAGCGUGUCUCCAGAUAUGAAUCCCAUGCAACGUGCACGUAGCGGAACAUUUUGCUUUGACAUGUUGGAGAUGGACCGCCUGGAGGGGAAGCUGGUGAACCUGCCUCUGCUGCAGGACGCUUCGUCUUACAUCCCCGACACCGUGGACCUCACCGAGGACGCGCACGCCCGCGAAUACUGGCUCUACUGCUUCGAAGAGGCCCUAGACGGGGUGGUCAAGAGAGCUGUAGCGAGCCAGCCUGACAUGCCGGAGGCAGCCGAGCGAGCCGAGAAGUUCCGCCAGAAAUACAGACACAAGCUUCAGACCCUCCGCCACCAGCCUUUUGCUUAUGGAUCCCUCACUGUCAGAAGUCUGUUAGACACGAGGGAACACUGUUUAAACGAGUUCAACUUUCCUGAUCCCUACUCUAAGAUUAAACAGAGGGAAAAUGACAUGGCUCUCAAGUACUACCAGAAGGCAGUGAAGUGCCUGGACGAGUUGAGCUGGGAGGAGAGACAGUACGCCCUGGUCAGGGGCGUCCUGGCUGGGAAUGUCUUUGACUGGGGAGCCAAGGCCGUGUCCGACGUCCUCGAAUCUGAUCCUGAGUUUGGGUUUGAGCAGGCUAAACGACAAUUGGAAGAGCGGCCGUGGCUUGUCGAUUCCUAUGACCAGUGGUUUGAGAGACUAAAGGGUCCUCCUCAUAAGUGUGCCAUGUUUUUCGUAGAUAAUAGUGGAGUAGACAUCAUUCUAGGGGUGAUGCCUUUUGUCAGAGAGCUUCUCUCCAGAGGAACAGAGGUUGUUUUGGCCAGCAACUCCGGUCCGGCUUUAAAUGACGUAACGAACGGUGAACUGCAGAUAUUGACCGAGAGCAUCGCUGCCAUGGAUCCAGUGAUUCAGGCCGGUCUGAGGGAGGACAGGUUGACGUUGGUCCAGAGUGGUUCCAGUUCACCCUGCCUGGAUCUGAGUCGUCUAGACAAAGUGCUGGCGAUGGUGGUGCGGGAGCGAAAAACCGACCUGGUGAUCAUCGAGGGAAUGGGCCGAGCCAUUCACACCAACUACUACGCCAUGCUCCGCUGCGAGAGCCUCAAGAUGGCCGUCAUCAAGAACUCGUGGCUGGCCGACCGCCUGGGAGGAAAGCUGUUCAGCGUGGUCUUCAAGUACGAGGUGCCGGCUCCCAGCCAACACUCCGCUCUGACGCCCUCAUGAGAGCGCCGGAGGCUCGCGCUUGAGCAGGACAGAACACCAAAGUCGAGCAACCGCGACGGAUGAGCUCUGAAUGUCAGGAUGAUGGCCGUAUGCUGUCACUAAGUCAAUGGCUGAUAUAUAAAGCUGGUUUAAAAAAAAAAAAAGAGAGAGAAGAGUUUUAAAGGUGGUCAUCGACAGGGAGCUUUUUACAUUUCAUUUUAAAACGUUGUUGAUUUUAGUUCUGGUUUCAUCAACAUGAUUGCUUUUUUUUGCAGGUUGUCCAAUAUCCUGUCCAAUCACUUAAGUUUGCUACUAUCAUUACUGCCUGUUGAUCUCAUUCAGCAUCUGGAGUAUGUCUUCACGUGCAGUCAUCACUGGAUGUGUUAGGUCAACUUUAACAGCCUGUUAUGACUGAUGAGAUCUUCAGCUUGUAGAAAAAUCAAUUUAGCAUCAGGACAUGCUACAAACACAACACUGUGCACCCAUAUGGGCGAAUGCCAUUCUUUGGCUGGUGUGUGUUAGAGAGAGAGAGCGAGAGAGAGAGAGAGACGCAGGGGUAAUUACAGCUUUCAGCAGUAACGCUUUUUACAUAAAGUGUGUUUAAUGUGCCUUGAGGCCAAUGUGAUAAAAGCAACAUUCACUCCGACUGCGUAAAAUACCACACAAAUAUCGACUUUUGUUUCCCAGCAACCUAACGCCACAGACUAGGAAGAGUCUCCUGUUCUUUUAUUACUGCCAGGGAUUGAAUUGAGAUUUUAAAAAUGAAUCCUUGUCACUGUCACGUGUGUAGCUGUUAAGAUGGCAUCAGGGAAAAUGUUUGAUCAGCUCUCGGUCACAAAGAGGUUUGGUCGUGUUCCUCCACAAGGUGGCAGUAUUCUACUGCAACGUUUUUUUUUUCUUCUUUUGAAUGAUUUCUCAAAUCUUUACCAAGGUGCUUGGUGUCAAAAUUAACACUACAUAAUUCAGGUUAAAUAUUCUAACUGUCUCUGAUUAAAGCGUCCCAUUUUGUCACGGAAUUACUGUAAUUAGCUGGCAUGUACAAGUGCAAGUUGUAGUCAGAAAUGCAACUGUUUGAAGGCAAUAAUACUGCAGCACCUAGUUGUAACGAUCAUCAAACACUGCGCGAUUGUGAUGUGGCCGACUGUAUUGGCGAAUUCAUCGUAAAAAUCUGAAUUUAAGGCAGUAUGUGAUUUUAAAAGCCUUUGUGAAAAUGUUUCCUAAAGUGAGAGUUGCUGGACACAAGGACUCACAUUGCAAUAUUGUGUGUGUGUGUGUGUGUGUGUGUGUGUGUGUGUGUGUGUGUGUGUGUGU